AUGUGUAAAUACUUUUCUUUUUCCUGUCAGUUGUGGCACCAGGUGUUGCAAAUUAGUGAUUAGAGGAAGUAACAUGAUUCAGCUGCUCACUUAAAGCGUUUGGUUUGCACCUCACAAGGUUUGCACUCACAAGCCUGAUCAUGAAUGGUCUGUGGCAAUGUAUUUCCAUUUUUGUUUUUGCCACAGCACUUGGGAUGGCCGAAGAUGAUAUCCAAAUUGUAUGUACGGAAAAAUCAGUUCACAUUACCUGGAAAGUGAACAAAUCCAUGACAGGAAAUCCAGCUCGUCUUUUACUGGGUAACUGCUUUCCAACCCGCUUCUCAAAUACAUCAACUGGUGAAGCGGAGGCAGAAUUUAUCUUUCAAUUUAGUGAUUGUGGAUUUAAACAAAUGGCGACAUGGAAAUAUGUCAUUUACGAGAACAAAUUAACCUACAGGCCACUGCCAAAGCCUUACCCUCCAUCUUUCACCUAUCCUGUUCGAUGUGUCAGUGACAAGCCAAACGCUUGGAUCCCUUACUUCCAGAGCUCUACAUCUGGUGUGAUACAAGGUCAUGGAGACCUGGCUUUUCACAUGGCAAUUCUUAACCCUGAGUUUAGUGGCCCUGCAGAAUCCAACAUCUUUCCUCUGGAUUCUUUUGUUCCAAUAUGGGCUGGGGUGGACCAGCAAACCCAUCAGCCGCUGCUGCUGCUUUUAGAGGAAUGUGUUGCCAGCACAACUCUUGAAAUGUACCCAGACACCCUUACAUACCCAAUCAUCGCCAAUAAGGGGUGUCUUGUGGAUGGUAAGAAGAGCCACUCGACGUUUCUACCAAGGUAUCAAUCCUCCUCAAUCUUGCUUCAUCUUCAGGCUUUUAAAUUCGCUGCUGGAGAGGAGGUGUACAUCCACUGCAAAUUAAUCGCGUGGGACCCUGACAAUCUUAAUGAAUUAAAGAAAGCCUGUAAUUAUAAUAAAGCCACAGGAGAGUGGGAGCUUCUGGAUGACCCUUCCAAGAACAGUCUUUGUCAGUGUUGUGAUUCCACUUGUAUAGAAAGAUCAAGGAGAGAUACUCAAUCUGCAGCUCAAGGGCUUGUGCUAAACUCUGUGUUGGGACCUCUGAUAAUAACGGAAGAUUCAUCAUGAUGUUAGACGAAUAUGCCAGAAUGAUCUAAGAGAGAGUAGGUGCAGGAAUCCUGAUUGGAGUCUUUAGGAGUAGACCAAUUCUUUAGGUCUUUCAUACAUCAUGUUGUCCAUUAAAAGACUGAAAUGUCUCAACUUUGUCUUUGC